AUGGGACUUGGAGAGCAGGUCCUCUCGCAGCUGACGCUGGCCAAUGUCGUGCUAGGCUGCGUCGCGUAUGUCGCCCUGAAGUUCAUCUAUCAGAUUGUUUAUUACCGCUUCUUCCACCCGCUCUCUGUCUUCCCUGGUCCGUUUUGGGGUUCCGUCACGCGCCUCUGGAUCGCAUGGCACAACUUAAAUGAGACGGAGCUGCCGACUGUCUAUGAUCUGACCAAGAAAUAUGGACCUGUUGUUCGAGUGACCCCUACCUUGCUCCUCGUCAGCGAUCCCACGAAGCUCCCCGAAAUCUACCACCGCAAUGCCGACAAGACCGGGCACUAUAUCACCGGCUCGUUUGGCGAGACCGAGUCUCUCUUCAACAUGAGAUCGCACAAAACGCACGCUGCCUUCCGCAAGCAUGCCGCUGGACCGUACAGUUUCUCCAGCGUCAAACGCAUGGAGCCUUUGCUUGACGUCCGCAUUCGCGACUGGUGCAAUAAGCUGGGCGAGAAGUACGUCAGUACGGGCGAGGUUUUCGACUUCUCAUGGUACAUGGCAUACGACAUCAUCAGCGAGGUCGGCUUCGGUGCGCCCUUUGGCUUCGUCGAGAAAGGAGAGGACGUUGGCGGUCUCAUCCAGGGUUUCCACGAUGGUCUUCCAGCGUUUGGUCUCCUCGCGCGUCUGCAUCCUUUCACCAGCUGGAUCAAGACAACCUUCUUGAAGAAGUACCUUGUCGCGAAGCCCGAAGAUGACUCUGGUAUUGGUGUUCUCAUGCGCUUCCGUGAUGGCCUGAUCGAGCAACGUCUGAAGGACUUAGAAUCGACCAACGAUCUUGGUCGCAUCGACCUGCUGCAGACAUUCCUGGAAGCCCGCACUGAGGACGGCCAGCCGUUGACCAUGGACUAUAUUAAAGCCGAGAUUCUUCUUGUGCUGCUGGCUGGAGCUGAUACCACUGGAACCGUCUUCCAGGCCAUGAUCUACUACCUGCUCACCCAUCAAGGCGUAUACGAGCGGAUGAUGGAGGAGGUCGACGCCGCCGUUCGAAAUGGCCUGAUCAACGAAGAAAUGCCCCAGUAUGCCGAGAUACAAGAGAACCUCCCAUUCUUCGUCGCCUGCGUGCGAGAAACCCUCCGAAUGUGCCCACCUGCCCCGAACAUUUUCCCGCGCUAUGUGUCUGAGCCAGGCCUGAACCUGUACGGAAAGUUCGCACCAGCAGGAACCGAAAUCACCGGAAACCCAUGGAUCAUGCACCGCGAUCAGGAGAUAUUUGGCAAGGACGCUGAGGAAUUUAACCCCGACCGAUGGAUGAACGCCGAGCGCGCGAAGAUUAUGAACAAGUAUCUCUUCACAUUCGGGUACGGAGCGAGAGUAUGCCUCGGAAGGGACAUCGCCAUGAUGGAGCUAUUCAAGGGGCCACUUCAGUUCUUCCGCCACUACAAGCCGCACCCCGUGCACGGAAAGCCCGAGGCCAAGUUCGUGGUCAAGGGAGGCGUAGGAUACUGGCGCGACAUGUGGGUGACGAUUGAGAAGCGGCCGCUUGUCAAGGCUGCAUAA